GUGGUCACUUUGGAAAUACACGGGUUAUACGGUCAUUUGCAACAAUAUCCUCCUGAAGUCCUCUGUAAACUACACGUUUUUUGGCAAAAUUCCGUAGUUUGGUGGUUAGUGAAGAUGAAGGAAGACAUGGUGAAGCUGAUAAGCGCCGAGGGAUUCGAAUUCGUUAUCGAUAAAAAGGCCGCCAUGGUCUCUCAAACAAUACGGAACAUGCUCACCUCUCCAGGGAGCUUUGCUGAAACGGAGCAUGGAGAAGUGACUUUUCCAGAGAUAAGCACAACCAUUUUGGAGAAGAUUUGCCAGUACUUUUACUGGUCUCUUCAAUAUGCUAGUGGGAAGGAGACUGAGUUCCACAUUGAACCUGAGCUGACCUUGGAACUUAUGAUGGCUGCUAAUUACUUGCAUACUUGAACUUGCACCACUUGUUUUCUGGGCAAUGACUUCUCUUUAUCUUUGGUAGAUAUAGGGAGACGAUUUUGCGCCUAUCCAGAAAAUCAGUGUGCCAAAGUUUGAUACCGUCUUUAAAUUAGACGGUUUGACAUUAUAUUUUAAUGUUGUCAUUGAUUGCCCCAAGAAUUUUCAUAUGAAUGACUUGAAAUAAUUGGAGACAUUUAUAUAGACAUUCUAAUUUCGUAUUGGAUGAAGUUAUUGUGUUGUAUAUAUAUACUCGAUUUCUAGAGUUAAUUUCAUUCACAAUCACUGUACUUUGA